AUGGGGGGUAAACUACACAAGUACCACAAAAAUUUUCCACACUUAAAAAUUCAGCAAGCAAUCGAGAAAACCUAUGAAAUUGAGGAUGAUGAGUAUGAUAUAAAUGAUGAACAAGGAAUUAAAUUGAUGGAGUACCGGGACAAACUCCUUUCGAAAGCUUUUGAUAUGGAAUGUGAACAGAGAAAUUAUGCGGAGUUUGAGGAUGCUGAAGUUGCUUCAAUAGUUGAAUGUGUUUCAAGUUCACCCAAUCCCAUCUUUAUUUAUGACACGGAUUUGGAACCUUUGGAUCAGAUGCUGACUACAUUCAUUAAUACUCCUGGCGGUUUAUUGUCAGAUUAUUUGUAGGUUUAUUUUGACUAGAAUUUUGGUGGCGUUUGGAUGGGGGUUUGCGGACGAUUUUUGCGGACUUUUAUAGGAAAGCAGAAUUGUCCGCAAGAGAUGUCCGCAAAUAGAAAAAGUCCGCAAAUUUCAAAAAUCCGCAAAGAAUGUCCGCAAAUAAAAGAAGUCCGUAAAAUAUGUCCGCAAAUAAAAUAAAUCCGCAAAAAACAAAAAGUCCGCAAUAUAUGUCCGCAAAUAUAAAAAGUCCGCAAUAGAUGUCCGCAACUUUAAAAAUGUCCGCAAGAUAUAUCCGCAAAUAAAAGAAGUCCGCAAAAUAUGUCCGAAAACCGAAAAUAGGUAGUCCGCAAAUUUGAAAGUC